UACCCACAGCUGAGGACCCGGCCAGCCUCUUCCGGGUCAGGUGACUCCGCGCGGUCACGUGACCUGGCCCGAGUGCGGGCGGUGGAAGGCGGAAGUGGGAGAGGAGUGGGCGCCGCUUCUGUGGCCGCGGCAGUUUCCUGGUGAUGACAUGGCAUCUGCCAGCUCCAGCCGGGCAGGAGUGGCCCUGCCUUUUGAGAAGUCUCAGCUCACUUUGAAAGUGGUGUCAGCAAAGCCCAAGGUGCAUAAUCGUCAACCUCGAAUUAACUCGUUUGUGGAAGUGGCUGUGGAUGGACUCCCCAGUGAGACGAAGAAGACUGGGAAGCGAAUUGGGAGCUCCGAGCUUCUCUGGAAUGAGAUCAUCAUUUUGAACGUUACGGCCCAGAGUCAUUUAGAUCUGAAGGUCUGGAGCUGCCAUACCUUGAGAAAUGAACUGCUAGGCACCGCCUCUGUCAACCUCUCCAAUGUCCUGAAGAACAAUGGGGGCAAAAUGGAGAACACGCAGCUGACCCUGAACCUGCAGACAGAGAACAAAGGCGGUGUUGUCUCGGGCGGUGAGCUGACAAUUUUCCUGGACGGGCCGACUGUUGAUCUGGGAAGUGUGCCUAAUGGCAGUGCCGUGACAGACGGAUCACAGCCACCUUCGAGAGAACCCAGUGGGACAGCUGUCGCUCCAGAAAACCGGCACCAGCCCCCCAGCACAAACUGCUUUGGUGGGAGAUCACGGACGCACAGACAUUCAGGUGGUUCAGCCAGAACAACCACAGCAGCCGGCGAGCAGAGCCCUGGUACUAGCACCCGGCACCGCCAGCCCAUCAAGAACCCAAGCCACAGUGGCUUGGCCAAUGGCACAGUGAAUGAUGAACCUGCUGCAGCCACAGAUCCCGAAGAACCCUCUGUUGUUGGUGUGACAUCCCCACCUGCUGCAACGUCUAGUGUGACCCCGAACUCCACUGCAGCGCCUCUCCCUACCCCAGCCACACCGGCUGAAGGAGAGGAGCCCAGCACUUCGGGCACACAGCAGCUACCAGCGGCUGCCCAGGCGCCUGAUGCUCUGCCUGCUGGAUGGGAGCAGCGAGAGCUGCCCAAUGGGCGUGUCUAUUAUGUUGACCAUAAUACCAAGACCACCACCUGGGAGCGGCCUCUUCCUCCAGGCUGGGAGAAACGCACAGACCCCCGAGGCAGGUUCUACUAUGUGGAUCACAACACUCGGACCACCACCUGGCAGCGCCCCACUGCGGAGUAUGUGCGGAACUAUGAGCAGUGGCAGUCGCAGCGGAAUCAACUCCAGGGCGCCAUGCAGCACUUCAGCCAAAGAUUCCUUUACCAGUCUUCGAGCGCUUCGACUGACCAUGACCCACUGGGCCCCCUCCCUCCUGGCUGGGAGAAGAGACAGGACAACGGACGGGUGUAUUACGUGAACCAUAACACGCGCACUACCCAGUGGGAGGACCCUCGGACCCAGGGGAUGAUCCAAGAACCAGCUCUGCCCCCAGGGUGGGAGAUGAAGUACACCAGCGAGGGGGUGCGCUACUUCGUGGACCACAAUACCCGCACCACCACAUUUAAGGAUCCUCGCCCGGGGUUUGAGUCUGGGGCAAAGCAAGGUUCCCCUGGUGCCUAUGACCGAAGUUUCCGGUGGAAGUUUCACCAGUUCCGUUUCCUCUGCCAUUCAAAUGCCCUCCCCAGCCAUGUGAAGAUCAGCGUUUCCAGGCAGACCCUUUUUGAGGAUUCUUUCCAACAGAUCAUGAACAUGAAACCCUAUGAUCUGCGCCGCCGGCUCUACAUCAUCAUGCGCGGCGAGGAGGGGCUGGACUAUGGAGGCAUUGCCAGAGAGUGGUUUUUUCUCCUGUCCCACGAGGUGCUCAACCCCAUGUACUGUUUAUUUGAAUAUGCCGGGAAGAACAACUACUGCCUGCAGAUCAACCCCGCCUCCUCCAUCAACCCUGACCACCUCACCUACUUCCGCUUUAUUGGCAGGUUCAUUGCCAUGGCUCUGUACCAUGGGAAGUUCAUUGACACAGGCUUCACCCUCCCUUUCUACAAGCGAAUGCUCAGCAAGAGACCAACCCUGAAAGACCUGGAAUCCAUUGACCCCGAAUUCUACAACUCUAUUGUUUGGAUCAAAGAGAACAACCUGGAAGAGUGUGGCCUAGAGCUGUACUUCAUCCAGGACAUGGAGAUCCUGGGCAAGGUGACAACUCAUGAGCUGAAGGAAGGUGGAGAGAGCAUCCGAGUGACAGAGGAGAACAAGGAAGAGUAUAUCAUGCUGCUGACCGACUGGCGUUUCACUCGGGGUGUGGAAGAGCAGACCAAAGCUUUCCUAGACGGCUUCAAUGAGGUGGCCCCCCUGGAGUGGUUGCGCUACUUUGAUGAGAAAGAGCUGGAGCUGAUGCUGUGCGGCAUGCAGGAGAUAGACAUGAGCGACUGGCAGAAGAACACUAUCUACAGGCACUACACCAAGAACAGCAAGCAGAUCCAGUGGUUCUGGCAGGUGGUGAAGGAGAUGGACAACGAGAAGAGGAUUCGGCUGCUGCAGUUUGUUACUGGGACCUGCCGCCUGCCUGUUGGAGGAUUUGCUGAACUCAUUGGUAGCAAUGGACCACAGAAAUUUUGCAUUGACAAGGUUGGCAAGGAAACCUGGCUCCCCAGAAGCCACACCUGUUUCAACCGUUUGGAUCUCCCACCAUACAAGAGCUAUGAACAGCUGAAGGAGAAGCUGCUGUAUGCCGUCGAGGAGACCGAGGGCUUUGGACAGGAGUAACUGAGGCUGCCUCCUCUCACGCCCCCAGCGCACAUGUAGUCAUGAGUCCUCCCUGCCCGAGAGGCCGCUGGCCACGCAGCACCCGGGAGGCCCUGUAGAGGGUGGCCCUGUGUGGGACCAUGCUGUUCUCAGGCUGGUGGCACCAGAGUCUGAUCUCAAGGGGCCCUGCCCACCCCCCUCCCUCCUACCUACUGGUGGCAGUCUGGAAUAAAGCCCCCAUGUCACCUUUGGCCCCAUCGCCCAUUGCAAAAUCUGGAGGCCUGACCCUCUCUGCAAAGCUCACCAUCCUUCUCCCCUAAGACCAACCCUAGGUAUGCGUGAGUCUGCAGGGGAGGCGCCCCGUGCUGAGGGGCUGGGCCUCACAGGCUACUUAGGUGAGAAAGAGACCAGCCCCUCAGGAUAGCUGUUCUGGGCUGAGAAGGCCCAGGGUCUUUGCCAGUAGAAGAGGUUCUGUUUUCAAUAGAACUUUUCCAGUGAUCUGUAUAAAAUGAAGGUCUGAGGAAGAGGAGCUCUUCUCACACCCAGAGCUCUGGAUCAAGGCCAUCGCCUCCUUCUCCAACGGGCUCCACCAUGGAGGCUGAGCAGGAAUGCCCCGCUCUCCACUUGAUGCUGGCCAAUUCCUUCUUUCCAGCACAUAAGGGGUCGUGCCAGCGGCUCGGGUGUCAGUGGGAUGGAAACAGCAGACUCCCUCAGACUUUCUUUUCCCUUUUACAUAAACUUGAAGCAUUUUGUGUGUAGGCUUGCUUUGUGUCUUGUUGGUAUGCUGUUGUCACCUUCUCUUAAGGGGCUGGUGCACCAGGUGUGGCUGGGACCCUGAGGGACCCAGCACUGUUGGUCCAAGAAUUCCCCAAAUAGCUGCUUCUCUUAGGAACCCGCUUAUCAGUUCUGUGAGCUCAGGCAGGCCUGACCCGGUGCCUAGCUUUACAGCAGACUAGUCCCCGAGCCUUGACAGAGAGGGAGGGGGUGGUGUCCGAGUGCCACCCUAGCCUUGCCACCUUCGGUAGUGAAGAAACUCCCUUUGCUAGAGGUAGUCACCAGGGAGUCCCAAGUGAUGGGGCACGUGGGGCUGACCUGUCAUUCCCUGGCAGCCCCUGGAGCUCCAGGCAGGCCCCUUAGCCCCUCAUGAGAAUGAAGUACAUCCUAGAGCACUAGGAUGAAGCCCACCCUAGAACGUGUUCAUUCUGCCUAGAAGUGGGGCUUUAUUUGCACAUAGGAAAUAGGAUACAUACAAACAUAGGAUGCUCUUAGAAACCAGCAGAAGGGCCCUGAGCUGCUGCACACAGUCUCGCUUAAUUUCUGGAGCUCUCGCCAGCCUCUGCUGUGCACAUUCUGCUAUGUGUUGAGACCUGCAAGGUGAACAUGCUCCUCUGCGAUGCUGGAAUCCUGGUUGUCGUGAACUCCUUGAGUUCUAGCGCUGAGCACCAGUUGCAGACUAGCUCCAGCUUCUUGGCAGGCCUUCAGACUGGUCCCAGGGCCUUCUGAGGACAGUCCCAUGUUCCCAGAUCCUCAUCCUUCCCCCGACCCCAGCCCAGCCCAUGAAAGUAGAGCCUGCAUCCGCUAUGCUGCGUGUGCUGACUGGAGUGGUUCAGCUCACCACAGAUCAACCUUUCUUCUUCCCUUGGUCAUAGGCUGUGCUUCCAUGCAGCAUCUCGCCGUACUGGGGGGUUGGGGUGCAAGCUGCUGUGUGGGGUUUGGAAGCCUCGGGCUCAUGGGUGUUCGGAGUGUGUUCAUGUGCGUGUGUGUACAUACGUGUAUAUAACUGAGGUGUCUGUACGGAAUGCCCUUCAGUAGCUCUGGGUUGGUCACCAGAUUAUUUUGUAAUGCCCACCCCCUUGCCUCGGUAUUGCCAGUUUCUCGUGCAAUAAACAAUCAGCAGCUGUG